CGCACCGCGGCAGGCCGGCAAGCAGCUGCAACUGACGCCACAACACUGCCUGGUUAACUCGGAAAUAGCAAGCAGCGGUGCACCGGUGGCCUAUGACCGCUCGACAGGCGGAGCAACCACGCAUCGCCUUGUCAACAUAAGAACGACCGGCGACCGUCACUUUGUUCGCGCACCCACGAGCUGCUCCUGCUGCGAUUCAGGGACAGACGCCGUCAACGAUGGCGUCAUACGACGGGCGCAAUGCUCGAGCAAGCACGAGUGCAGAGCCAGAGAGGAGCGGCGCGCAGACGCCAAGGAGAGGGAGCCAAGUCGAUGCCAAGGUCGUCAAGCUGGCCAACGCGAACAGUCCGACCGAACGGGCUGCGGGCCAUCUCAGACGGAGAUCUCGGGACGUAUCUGUAUCAAGUAUACCACUCAGCGGACUUUUGCAGAACAUAGCCCCAUCCACUGGCGACGGCGCGUACAAAAGCGACGAGGGCGUUGCUGACCAUAUUGCUGCUAGGCGACGCGAACAGCAUGGCAUGAGCACCUAUCGCACUCCACCCAUCGCGCCCUCCCGUGAUCAGUCUCGCAGGCUGUAUCAGCUGCACGCAGAUCAAGAGCAAGUAGCGAAUCCUCCCCAUGAUGUGGGCGCAUUGGAUCCCAUAACAUCCCCCAUUGCCACUCGCCAUUACGUACGGCCCACACUCGUCUCGCGGCUGUCAGAAAGCGCGCAUAUGCUAGCGGACUCAGGAGCGGGCUCCUCCUGGAUCUCACCUCGAUCUCUCUCGCUCGCUGCGCUUGCUCUACACUAUUCGGCCCUGACGCUCUUCAUGCAUCACUCGCGAGUACACAGAGAUCCUACGGUGCCCAACUACAAGGCCUCGUCUGCCGUCGUACUUACAGAAGCUGGCAAGCUCGUCUUGAGUACUCUGCUCGCGCUGCGCGAUGUGACCCGGGAGACGCGCGAUCACAUGGGCUAUUCUCGCGCGCAUACUGCCUUUGACUCGAGUUUGCUACUCAAGCGACUAUCGGGCUCGGAUCUGCCAUCGUAUUCUCGUGCGAGAUCUCUCGAAAGCACGUCGAGUCGGAGCAAUUCGCGUGACGGGCCAAAGUCUUCGAGCUCGGACAACUCGAGUAUCACGCCGGAGACGACACCGUCAGACGGCAGCAGUAUCAGUUUUGAUCUCGCUUCCGGCAACGAGAAAGCCGUUCCUCCUCGUCAUCCACCAGAUUGGACCACUACCCUGUCACAGCUCAAGUUGCAAGUCUUUGGCCAUGGCUGGUGGCUCUUGGCUGUGCCUGCUAUCAUGUUCACAAUACAAAACAACCUGCAAUACCUCGCCGCAUCCAACCUAUCCGUGCCUCUCUUCCAAAUCACCUAUCAGCUCAAGAUCUUGACGACGGCGCUCUGCUCUGUGCUGCUCUUGCAGCGAAGUCUGAGCAACGUACAGUGGCUAUCGCUCUUGAUACUCUCGCUCGGUGUUGGCGCCGUUCAGCUUUCCGCCCGCGACGAUUCGCACGACAAAGGCUCAGACGGCACCUCGAACGACGGCAUGAACCAGCUCGUCGGUCUCAUUGCUGUCACACUCGCCUGCAUGUCCAGCGGAUUCGCCUCGACCUUCUUCGAGCGUUGUCUCAAGAGUCCUGCACUGGCAAGACCUGCUCAAACGGCUCAAGCUACUUCGGACGCGAGCAUGGUCAACGUGACGGCUGAGACAUCGUCACCACGCUCGAGCGGCUUAUGGGUCCGCAAUGUCCAGCUUUCCAUCUUUGGACUCGCAAUGAGUCUCGUCAUUGUCAUCUUCGAAUCGAACCGGGAAGCAUUAGCAAUGUGGACCCAAGAUUCGAGUCCAUGGUGGUGGGAUGCGCAGAACAGCAAAUUGUCUGUCUCGCUACAGGAUCUCCCACGCGCACUCGCGCCACUAUCGGGCAGCUUCAGUAGCUUCCUCGACGGAUUCUCGCCCGUCGUCUGGUUUGUAGUCCUGCUUCAGAUUGUUGGCGGACUCCUCGCCGCUUGUGUCAUCAAGGUGAGCUCGGGCAAGAGUCACAGUUUUGCUGCGCUCAUGUGCAAUUGCAGUAUGCGGACAAUAUUGCGAAAGGCUUUGCGACCUCACUGAGCAUCUUGCUCUCUUUCGUCGUGUCGACAGUCAUGUUCGAUUUUCGCA